UAUUUUUUUAUUGCCAGGGCGUAGCAAAGUGAAUGUUUUGAUACCAAACACACGUUAAUUUGCUGUUCUACUGCUUGAGGAAUAUUCACGAGAAAGUGAUUAUUGCUUUCAUAAUGGAGAAUAUUACAGCGGAAUCAUCCAGUUUUCCACAAGAUUUUCUGGAAUAUUUACCGGAGAAUCCUAUCAAAGAACCACUUAAACAUGGAUGGAUUUUAAUGAAUCAACAAUAUACAAAAUUUCAGAUUGCUACAUGGGGAUCACUAAUUGUUCAUGAAUUUGUAUAUUUUGCGGCUUGUUUGCCAGCUUUCCUGUUUCAGUUUUUUCCGUUCAUGCGAAGAUUUAAAAUCCAGGCAGAUAAACCAGAAACAGCAGAUAAACAGUGGAAAUGUUUGAAAUUGAUUUUAUUUAAUCAUUUCUGUAUACAGUUGCCUCUUAUUGCUGGUACCUAUGUAUUUACAGAAUGGUUUGGUAUACCCUAUGGUUGGGAUGAAAUGCCAUCAUGGUAUAAUUUAGCUCUACGAGUAUUUGGUUGUGCUGUAGUAGAAGAUACAUGGCAUUAUUUUCUACAUUAUGCUCUACAUGAUGGACGUAUCUACAAACAUAUACAUAAAAUUCAUCAUCACUUUCAGGCACCUUUUGGACUAACAGCAGAAUAUGCCCAUCCUUUAGAAACUCUUAUUUUAGGGUUUGGUUUCUUCCUGGGUAUAUUAAUAUUUGCUAAUCAUCUGGUAUUAUUAUGGGCGUGGGUAACUAUUAGAUUAUUUGAGACUAUAGAUGUUCACAGUGGAUAUGAUGUACCAUAUCUUAAUAUCUUACAUUUAGUACCAUUCUACGCUGGUUCUCGGUUCCAUGAUUUUCAUCACAAGAACUUUAAUGGAAAUUAUUCUUCCACCUUUAAAUGGUGGGAUAUUAUCUUCGGAACAGAUUCACAGUAUAAAGAAUAUCAGGCCAAAUUAAAGGCAGAACAGAAAAAAUUGAAAUAAACUGUCACAUGUUAAAUUGUCGUCAGUUAUGAAAGUUUGUAAUCAAAUUGUGAUAAGUUACAGUGGUUAUGCCUCAGUUAAAGUGACAUUGUCUCUAGAUAUAAAAAUCUGUGAUCUACCAUAACAAAAAACCCUGAAAUGUAAAUUCAGGAAAGUUUGUGACCAUAGUGAAGUAAAAUUAUAUUAUAAUGA